UCCAUCGAAUCAAAAGCAACACGUUAAUUUGCUCUCCAUUGCCAGGCUGAAGAGUAAAUCGCGAUUGUGACCAGUGAAGAGAAUGAUGCGUAUCGUUUUCUCUUGUCCGAGAUGAUCGUUAAGAUCUCUUCAGCCUUGACCAACAUACAGAAUCACGGAAAGUGAUUCUGCAUCAACGAAAAUGUAUGCAAAAUCAGUUGUCACGUUAACAUGGAGAUUCUGUUUAUCGAAUUAACAGAGUGAACUGUACGCGAUCGCGAUGGGGUCCGUCGUUAAAUGUACCACAAUGGAGAAUGAUCUCGUCCGUUUUGUUCUCGUUGCUUUCGGCAGAAAUGCAGAUCGGAAUUGAAACGUUCAUGGUGGAUUAUUUUGAAAGCAUGUAGGAUAUGGACCAAUUUGUAGGGCCCCUUUAUAUAUCCGUUGGGAGGUAACCUAAUUUCUUCAGCAACGAUGGCUACGUACGACUAUAUGUAGACUAAUAUCGGGCUCACUAUGGAUCGUGCAGAUGUUCAAUGCGAGAAUAAGUCAGCUCUCAUCUUGGGCGAACGUUCUAACUUAAAUGCGGGGUACGAAAGAGAAAAAUCAAAGAUUAAAAAAUUGCUUCAUAAAUGAUAUUAAAAAAAUUGUUCAGUGAAGCUGUCAAGGUCAUCUCAACGUCAAUAAAGUCUUGCUAAAUUUGUAUUUCAAUAGAACAAUGUGGAUACGAAUUUGCAUCAUCUACUAUGUUACACAGAUGUCAAAACCAUUUACUCGAUGGAAAUGAUCCACGAAAAAUGGGGUGGAAGGGUGAAACCCUUAAAUAGGAACUGUCGUAGUACGAACCAUCUUAGAAUCAUUUGUGGGAGCGAACAGGUUUCAUUUGAGUCUUUUGAUUAUCGUAUUUUUGCGAAUAUCUUCUCAAAUUAUAGUGAAAAUAUGUACGAUUCAAUUACAAUUAAAAUAUUAAUUUUAUGCCUGGUACUUGAUACGAUUUAUGCUUAUCAAAAAGGACCACGGUGGAACGUUGAAGAUGCACAAAGACAAGGACCCAACGUGUGUGCCGUAGAAGUGAACGACGAUAUAAAUUACAGUUAUUACACCGAGAGCAAACAGUGGAAUCCGCGAAAAAUCUGCGGCAAGGAAACAUUUGUCAGAUACGAAUGCUGCGCAGGAUAUUACAGGGUCACCGGUCGUUCUGGCUGUACAGGGGUGAAGCCAUUAAUUGACCUCAUAGAAACAGCGCGACGUGCAGGAUCUAUAAAAUUCGCAAAAUUAAUAGAAAGAUCGGAGUUUGCGAAAGAAUUAAGAAGCGGCUCACCUCUAACAUUGUUCGUUCCAUCUGACGAAGCUUUUGAUAAUUAUCUAAGAAUAAAGGGUAUUCGAGCAGAAUGGUUGCACGAUGGCAAUAGAUACAUCGAUCUAAUCGCUAAUCACAUUACGAAUAGACGAGUGCUAUCAAAUCAAUGGCAAGAAAAUCUAUUAGUUCCAUCGAGAUUACAGGGAAAUGUUUUGAGGAUAAAUAAAUUUUCCAGUGGCAUGGAAACAGUAAAUUGUCAUCGGAUUAUUCGCAAGGAUCAAAUUGCCUUUAAUGGAGUUGUACACAUAAUUGACGGGGUUUUGGACCUCGCUCUGGCACAGAAUUCAGAUAUCAUUCAUCUUGUUGCAAAGGACGGUAGAUUCCAGAUAUUUACAAAAGCUCUCGAAAACAGUGAGACCGCAAAGAGGAUUAGAUACAAUGAAAUACCGUGUACCAUUUUUGCACCCACCGACGAUGCUUUUCAUAACAUUCCCCAAAGGCAAUUGAACGACAUGCUUUCAAACCGUGAUGCGUUAAACGCUCUAAUUGCUCAUCAUGUUGUUACUCAUCCCGUGUGUAUGCCAAACAUCAUUUCGGAAUACCAUGCCACCACCAUGCAGCAACAGAAACUCACGUUAAAUUGUGGUCCACGCGGGCCAAUUGUAAAUCAUGCGAAUCUGAAAAAUGAGAUGUACCAUGGACAAAAUGGGCUGUUGUACGUUCUUGAUCGUGUAUUACUUCCAGAUCGAGCAAAAUCAAUUACGGAUCUAAUGAAGGAAGAAGGAGUAUAUACGUUCUUGAAAAUAAUCAGAACAGCCGAGCUGGAAGAAACUUUGAGGCAUUUGAAACACUUUACGGUAUUCGCUCCAUCCGAAACAGCGAUAUAUGCUAUGUCAAAUCAACAGCUUGUAGAAUUGCAAAGAAAUAAGGAAAGUGCUAGGAAAUUCGUUUUCAGUCAUACAGUUAAGGGAGUGUAUUUUACUUAUGAAAUUGGCAAUAAUCAGGUAGUUAAAACCCUUGAAGCAGGAGAUCCUUUACGAUUUCAAGUAUAUCCAGGUAACUUUGGAAUAGAGAAUGCAUUGAUUGUAAAAGCUGAUAGAGAAUGUACCAACGGUGUUUUACACGUUAUAAACCACGUUUUACAUCCUGCUAAGGAAUCUUUGGAUAAUAUUUUGAGGAGAAAAGGCAAUUUUAGCAUUUGGUUGGAUGCAAUGGAAAGAAUCAAAGCUAUCCAACCGGAAAUAUACGAUCAAUUUAAACAUCCGAAUUCUUCAUGUACAUACUUCGUUCCUUCGGAUGAGGCAUUUAAGCGGCUGGGAAGUGUUAAACUUAAAAAAUUAUUGCAAGAUAAAAAUUAUUUAUCGAAGGUGAUGAAAAACCACAUUAUGGACAACAUGAUGAUUUCUGAAAGUUUCAGACCAGACCUGCAAUAUACUUUAAAGACGAAGGGAGAUAUGGUAAACGUAGUAAGAAAGAACAAUAAAGUAUUGGUGGAUGAUGCAACGCUGGUAAAAUGUGACAUUAUGAAUAAAGCUGGAGUAGCUCAUGAAAUAAACUCAGUAAUACUACCUGAACAUUGCUCUCGUGGUUAUAGAAAAACACCUAAUGGAACCACAAAAAGAAUAUGUUAAUUAAACAAGUACUUAUAUGUAUGUAAAAAUGUAUAUGUGCAAACUAA